UUUUUUUGAAUAAACCAUUAAAAAAAAAAACAAGUUGCACAAUAUAAGAGCCAUUGCAUUCGUACUGUAUAUGAAAUGAAUGUUGAUAGGGUGACUUCCAAGUGUAGCAGUGAUAAGAAAUUUGGAUUUCGCCAACGAUCCCCCUCCUCUCCUGUUCUCUUCUCCCUUUUUUUCCAUUUUGCAAAGUGGCUGACUAACGCUGCUUAAUACAUCCAACAUCAAUUCCCAAACACAAUGUUUGGUUCAGUUGGCCGCCUUAUGGUUAUGGGCACGUGCGGGACAGAGUGGGGAUCGCUGUGUUUACAACAUUCGGGUCUAAAGUACCCCGGGAUCCCGUCUUCCGAUGCGCCCGGAAAGAUCUUUCUCCUUGAUCUAAAACACACUCUGCUGAGGCCGACGGAGCUGCGCAUGCCGAGAAACUUCGACCUGGAGACGUUCAACCCUCACGGCAUCAGCGUCUACACAGACCCAACCGAUGGCACAGUGUACCUCUUUGUUGUGAAUCAUCCUCACCUCAAAAGCCAAGUAGAGUUAUUUAAAUUUGUUGAAGAGGAAUUCUCCCUGUUGCAUCUAAAGACCUUCAAACACAAACUUCUUAAUAGUGUGAAUGAUAUUGUGGCUUUGGGAGUGGAUCGUUUCUAUGCCACCAAUGAUCACUAUUUUUCUCAUAAACUCCUUCAAACGAUUGUGGAGCCUAUCCUGGGUCAACCUUGGUCCAACGUUGUCUACUACAGUGCAGAGACGGUCAAAGUGGUCUCUGGAGGAUAUUACUUUGCAAACGGCAUCAACAUCUCACCGGACAAAAGGUAUAUUUAUGUGGCGGAUCUACUUGACCAUAAUGUGCAUGUGUUGGAGAGGAAAGAAGAUAAUGCAUUGGUCUCCGUGAAGUCUGUGGCCGUGGGUUCACUCUGCGACAACAUUGAAGUUGACCCUAAAACAGGUGACCUGUGGUUAGGCUGCCACCCCAACGGAUGGAAAGUCGUCAAGUAUGACCUCAAAGAUCCACCUGGAUCAGAGGUCAUCUCCAUUCAGAACAUUCAUUCGGACGAGCCCGUGGUGACGCAGGUGUAUGCCGAUGAUGGUCACGUGAUUAUUGGCUCCUCGGUAGCUACGACCUAUGGAGGGAAACUGAUCAUUGGAUCCGUAUUUCAUAAAGCCUUAUGCUGCGAUUUGGAACAGGUGGAGACACAAAUUGAGUAUGAGGAGGAUUUUUUUGAAUCCUCUGAUAAAUAGUUUGUUGGAUCGUUAACAUUACGUUCAUUUUUAGUGGCGGUAAAAGUUUUAUAAGCUGCAGUGGAUCUUUUUUUUUUUAAUUAUUUUAAAAAAAUUUUUAAAGAAGCUCUUUGCCGUGUGAUUGACUGGAAACCAGUCCAGCUCAUCCAAAGUCUGCUGGGAUAGGUCCCAGCUAACCUGCAACCAAAGCGCACAAAUGCAAUAGAAAAUUGAUCGAUGGAAAAAUAGAUGAAUAAGCUACUACAGAAUUGUAUAUUAGAACACUACAAAGGACAUCUUUUGGUCCAAAAUUUGUACUGUAAAACCAAAACGUGCACAAAAAUAAAAGUUUUUCAAAUGAA